AUGAGCUCAUUCGAGGGUGAAUACAGUACCAUCGAUGUUUCGAGCGAUGAGUCGGAGGGCUUCGCUCCUGCCAAACCAAAGGUAACCAGGACAAAGGCCGCUCCUACCACUAAGUCGAAAGCCGGUCCCUCAAAAACCGCCGCCACGAAGCCGAAAACGACGAAGAAGGUAUUGGUUGAUCACAACGACCAUGCGGAGGAUAAUGCGAUGGAAAUUGAUUCGGAUGGAGUCGACGAUGCAGGGACGUCCGCUGCCCGAGGAACCCAGCAUGCUGCUCCAGGGAAGAAGAAGUCAGCUUCAGAGACGUAUCAAAAGCUUACGCAACUGGAGCAUAUCCUCAAGCGCCCAGACUCAUAUAUCGGCAGCGUUGAGACCAUUACUCAAACCAUGUGGACAUACGACGCAGCUACUAAGCGCAUGAUAAAUCGUGAAGUUAAAUUCGUUCCCGGUUUCUACAAAAUAGUGGACGAGAUUCUCGUCAAUGCUGCCGACAACAAGAUCAACGAUCCAAGCAUGGACACCAUCAAGGUCAAUAUCAAUGUCGAGGAAGGAACUAUUUCCGUCUACAACAACGGAAGGGGUAUUCCCAUCGAGAUGCAUUCCCGAGAGAAGAUGUAUAUUCCAGAGCUCAUCUUCGGUCAUCUCCUCUCUUCCUCCAACUACGAUGAUGACGAGAAGAAGUUGACUGGUGGACGGAAUGGUUAUGGAGCAAAACUUGCCAACAUCUACUCCCAUGAAUUCACCGUGGAGACUGCUGAUAAAAACUCGCAGCAGAAGUACAAGCAAACUUGGACGCAGAAUAUGAGCGUCUGCGGGAAGGCAAAGAUCACGAAGAAUGCAAAGGGAGAGGAGUGGACUAAAGUCUCUUUCAAGCCCGAUCUAGCGCGAUUCGGAAUGGACUCUAUCGAUGAGGAUACGGCAGCCCUUCUUCGCAAAAGGGUCUAUGAUAUGGCAGGUACGGUGAAGGACAUAAAAGUCUUCCUUAACGACGAGAGGGUCAAAAUCAAGAAUUUCAAGCAAUAUGUCGAAAUGUACCUCAAUUCUGCGCAGGCGGAGGCUGAAGACAAGUCCGGUGGAGCCGCUCAGUCGAAACCGACAGUAAUCUACGAACAGAUUAAUCCGCGCUGGGAGGUUGCCUUCGCUAUCUCUGAGGGAUCCUUCCAGCAUGUCGCUUUCGCUAAUUCAAUCGCUACGGUCAAAGGUGGUACCCAUGUCACUCUCAUCUCAGAUCAAAUCUCCAAGAACUUGUUGGCGGCCGUGUCAAAGAAAAAUAAGGCAGCCUCUGUAAAAAGCCAGCAGAUCAAGAACCAUAUGUGGAUCUUCAUCAAUGCUCUCAUCGAGAAUCCCACAUUUGACAGUCAAACGAAGGAGACUUUAACACUGCCUGCGUCGAAGUUCGGGACAAAGCCUGUCCUAUCGGAGGACUUCUUGAAGAAAGUUCAGAAGUCUCCCAUCAUCGAGCAUAUUCUAAACUGGGCUCAAUUCAAGGCCGAUCAGCAGAUCAAGAAGACAGAUGGUACCAAGCGUAGCAGACUUACAGGUUUACCUAAAUUGUCAGAUGCAAACAUGGCGGGAACAAAAAACGCAAAGGAUUGCACGCUUAUCUUGACAGAAGGAGAUUCUGCCAAAACUAUGGCUCAGGCGGGUCUUAGUGUCGUUGGCCGGAACAACUUUGGUAUAUUUCCCCUUCGUGGUAAAGUAUUGAAUGUUCGAGAAGCGAAACACGAUCAAAUCAUGAAGAAUGAGGAAAUCCAGAAUAUCAAGAAGAUUUUGGGCUUGCAGCACAAUAAAGAGUAUAAGGAUGUUUCGUCGUUGCGGUAUGGUCAGCUUAUGCUUAUGACCGAUCAGGACCACGAUGGCUCUCACAUCAAAGGCCUCCUCAUUAAUUAUCUUGAUCACUUCUAUCCGUCUCUAUUGAAGCUGCCAGGGUUCCUUGUUGAAUUUGUGACACCUAUCGUUCGGAUUACGAAAGGCAAGCAGCGUAAGGACUUCUUUACCAUUCCUGAAUAUGAAGAAUGGGUGGAAAGAACACCUGAUGCUGCGAAGUGGAAAGUGAAGUAUUUUAAGGGUCUGGGAACAAGUAAAGACACAGAUGCGGUCGAGUACUUCGCUGACAUGGGCAAACAUGUGAUCCCCUUCUCGCCACUCAAGGAGGAGGAGAGAGAAGAAAUCGAUCUCGCUUUCAGCAAGAAGAAAGCUGACGAGCGAAAAGAGUGGCUUCGUCAGUUCCGGCCCGGAACUUUUUUGGAUCACAACAUGGACGAGAUAUCCUACUCGGAGUUCAUCAACAAAGAACUUAUUCUGUUCUCCAUGGCUGAUAAUAUUCGAUCUAUACCAUCUGUCUCCGAUGGAUUGAAACCCGGUCAAAGGAAGAUCAUAUGGUCUUGUUUCAAGCGAAACUUGAAGUCAGAGAUCAAGGUCGCCCAACUUAUUGGUUAUGUCUCUGAAAAAUCUGCGUACCAUCAUGGUGAAGCCAGUUUGGCAGCGACCAUUGUCAACCUCGCGCAAAAUUUCGUUGGAUCCAAUAAUAUCAACCUGCUUCUGCCCAACGGUCAAUUCGGCUCUCGAGACCAAGGCGGGAAAGACCAUGCAUCGCCUAGGUAUAUUUUCACGGAGCCCUCCCCCAUUACUCGGUCGAUCUUCCAUCCUUCCGAUGAUGCAUUACUGAACGCCCAGCAGGAUGAUGGGGAGAAUAUUGAACCUGAAUGGUAUCUCCCUGUCUUACCCAUGAUCCUGGUCAACGGAGCGGAAGGUAUCGGUACCGGUUGGAGUACGAACAUCCCCUGCUUCAAUCCAGUUGAAAUCGUAGCCAAUCUUCGUCGGCUGAUGAAUGACGAGGAAAUGGUACCCAUGCAUCCGUGGUGGCAUCGCUUUACCGGGGAAGUCAAGUCGACUGGCAAGAACAAGUACGAAAUAAUAGGUGCCGCAAGGAAGGUCGACGAUACCACCGUUGAGGUGACCGAACUUCCUAUUCACAAGUGGACAGCGAACUUCAAGAAGGAUCUCGAGGCAAUGAUGGCUGGUGAUAAGACAGAUGCGGUCAAGCAGAAUUAUCAAGAACACCAUUCCAAUGAGAACGUGCAUUUCGUAAUUGAGAUGAGUCCUAAGGAAAUGGAGAAGGCGGAAGCUCAAGGUUUCAACGAGUACUUCCAACUCACGACGAAGAUCAGCACUGCAAACAUGAUAUGCUUCGACUUUGAAGGUAAGAUCAAGAAGUAUGACUCCCCGGAGGCCAUCAUGGAGGAUUUCUACCCUGUGCGCAUGGCGUACUAUCAGAAGCGCAAGGAUUACCUGGCCGGUGAGCUUCAGGACGCCUUUGAGAGGCUCUCGAACCAAGCUCGCUUUGUGCAAAUGAUCGUAGACAAGACGCUCGUCGUGUCUGAUCGCAAAAAAGUGGAUAUUGUUGCUGACUUGAGACGUCAUGAGUUCCGGCCGUUCCCUAAGAAGCCUAAGGAUGCUAAGGAUUCAGAGGAUGACGAUAAUCAGAAUAAUGCAGCCGAAGAAGAUGAGGAACUCGAUACUGAUUUCGACUAUUUGCUUACCAUGCCGAUCUAUAACUUAACGAAGGAGAAGAUUGACAAACUCCGUCAACAAGCUGCAGACAAGGAAGCAGAACUUCUUGCUUUGCUGGAGGUCACACCCAAACAAAUGUGGAAUGAAGAUCUUGACAAGUUCUUGGACAUGUUCGAGGUCAGUAAACAUCAACGUGAAGUCCAGCAAGCUGCGAUGAAGGCCAGUGGUCAAAAAGGCAAGAAGAAACAAGGUACCCUGAAGACGCGGAAGUCCAUCGGAUCACGCAACAAGGGUUCAGAUAAUGACGAAGACUUCAAGCCUGUCAAAGCUGCGCCGAAGACAAAGCCGGCUUCGAAGUCUGCGGUUGCCAAGUCUGCAGCGAAACGCGAAGAUGGCGAUGACGACAUGCCUCCGGCACCAGCACCCAAGCGCGCCGCAGCGGCCAAGAAAAAGCCAAAGGACGAGUCUAACGAUGAUUUCGACAUCAGUGAAGUUUCAAAGCCGGCGCCGAGGAAGAAACCUGUAGCCAAGUCGAAACUCCCCGAGUCGGACUCUGAUGACGAUGUUCUCAUCGUGGCCAACACCGACAAGGGCAAGGAGAAAGCAAAAACAGCUCCGAAGCGGAAAAAUUUGGAGAUGGAAGAAGAAGAAGAAAAUGACGAUGGCGGCGAGCCAGUGCCCAAGAAGAAAGCUGGGACCACUCAGUCACCCGUCACGGACUACUUCACCAAGGCUGGGCCGUCUGAACCCAAGAAAACAAAACUAACUAAGAAGAUGAAGCCAGCUUCUCCUCCGAAGGCGAAGAAGUCACCACCCAAGGUUGUAGAUAGUGAUGACGACGACGACAUGGAUUAUGACUCUAUUCCCAAGCCUCCUCGUACUACCCGGCCUCCGAGAGCUGCUGCUGCGUCUAGAAAUUACAUGGACGUUGAAAACAGUGAUGAGGACGGGGACGAUUCAAUUUUCAUCGACGAGGAUUAG